UCAAACUGCCAUAUCAUUCUUUGACAUAGCCGAUGCACUUCAGUAUAGGCUGGUUUCCAAAUUCUUUGUCGGGGGGGUGAACUCCUGAGGAGCGGAUGAAGAAACAAAUUUUGCUUUUGUUCACAUUCAGAGGAUUAGUAAGGAAAGGAAAAAAGAGUAAAAGAAGAAAAUGGCCAAUUUUAUAUUACGGACAGCUGAACCAAAGGAUGUUCCCGAUAUACUGCGACUCAUAAAGGAACUUGCUAAAUUUGAAGAGAUGGAGGAGAAGGUGGUGCUGACCGAGAAAGAACUACUUGAAGAUGGCUUUGGGGAUCACCCAUUCUACCACUGCUUGGUUGCUGAAGUCCCAAAAGAGCAGAGCUCAGAUGGGUACACCGUGAUUGCAUUUGCCAUGUACUACUUCACGUAUGACCCUUGGAUUGGAAAGCUUCUCUAUUUGGAGGACUUUUAUGUCAUGCAGGAGUUUCGUGGUCUUGGCAUUGGAUCAAAAAUUCUGAAGGUUCUAAGUCAGACGGCAAUGAGGACCCGUUGCAGCAGCAUGCAUUUCAUCGUAGCAGAGAAUAACAAGGAGUCUAUUGAGUUCUACAAGAGAAGAGGAGCGGCUGAUCUCUCAUACGAGGAAGGCUGGCGUCUUUUUGAGAUCGAAAAGGCGGAGCUGCUCAAAAUGUCUGCCAAAUAGAGUUCUCACUGACUUGUACUGACAAUUGGUCAUAGCAAUAAUCCUGUUCUGUUCAAUCAGAGAUUUGGCACAAUCUUAAUAAAUACAUUUAUCACUCAAA